AUGGUUCUUCAUCCUCUUGUUAAAGUAUCACCUCAUACGGUUAACAACACUAAUGCCUUUCUAAAUAAUAUUAAGGACCUCAAACUUGAACCUGACGAAAUCAUGAUAUCAUUUGAUGUAGUUUCCCUUUUCACAUCCAUACCACUAGACACAGCCAAACGCAUCACAAGUGAACUACUUAAUAACAAUGACACAUGGAAAAGCAGAACUAAUUUAGACAAAAACGACAUUCUUGACCUUCUUAAUCUUUGCCUUUCUACGGAAUUCUCUUUUCAAAACUCCUACUACAGACAAAUUUCAGGCACACCUAUGGGAUCUCCUCUCUCUAGUUUCCUUGCUGAAGCAGUCAUGCAGGAUCUAGAGAAGAAAUCGGUCACCAAUAACGAUAACAUCAAAUCAUGGAACAGAUACGUUGACAAUGUCUUCGCAACGGUAAAGAAAGACAAGACUGACGAUAUUUUAUACGAAAUCAACCAAACGAUUGAAAACAUAAAAUUUACCAAAGAAGAAGAACAUAACAACCAACUUGCUUUUCUUGACGUUUUAUUAACACGAAUUAAUGACGGAACAAUAAACACACGGGUUUACCGCAAGAAAACACACACUGAUCAAAUCUUAAAUUUUAACAGUAACCACCCAACUCAGCACAAAAUAAGCUGCAUUAGGACGUUAUUUAACCGAAUAGACACACACUGUAACACAGAAGAAGCGAGACAAGCGGAACGCAAAUAUUUGUACUUAACUUUCAAAAAGAACAACUACCCGACAAAUUUCAUUGACAAAGUACUAACGGAACUGAGUAACAAACAAACUAAUGAAAUUAAUGAAUCACAAAGAGAACCUGAAGUAUCAAAUAAAACAAUUACCUUACCAUACAUUAAGAGCACGUCUGAAAUGACUGCCAGACUACUUCGUCCUUUUAAUAUUGACGUAGCACAUAAACCAGCACACAAACUUAGGUCAUGUUUUACAAAACACAAAGACAAAACGACAACCACCGAAACAAGAAAUGCCAUCUACUUGAUUUCUUGCAAAGACUGUCCACAACGAUACGUAGGUCAAACCUCGAAGAAAAUUGAAACCCGAAUAACUGAACACAAGAACGCUAUAAAACGACACGACCUUAAAUCCCUACCCGCAGUACACACAUACGACAACUCUCACACCUUCGCCUGGACAAAAACUGAACUACUGGGACGAGCACGAACAAAACACGCACGUGAAUUCAAAGAAGCUUGGUUUAGUACAGACGACAAUACUAUUAACAGACAUAUUGAUAUUCCUGCAGUCUAUCUGCAACUUAAGACAAAACGUAAGGACUCUAUCAAUAAUCACAUUAAUGUAACUAAUAAUAACUUAAAUCCACCCGCAUCUGAUACACAACAAUCUAAUCAUUCCACAGCGACCAUCCCUGACAACGAAAUGCAGUCAACCAUGACAACGCAUCCCUCAACUACCACUCAUAUCAGAUCAACUUCAAAACAACCAAUCAGACGCUCUCAACGUAUACAGAGUCUUAAAGAACAGCGCGAAACUUAA